GUACCCACAGACCAUUUAGCAUCUGUGUAACAUUUUUGUCUUAUUUUUUUUCUACGUUGCCAUUAAACUUGAGCCAAAAACAUGUGUUCUGGUAGUUUCGCAAAGUGUCUGGGGAUCUGUCUCAUCCCUCUGGCCAUUGUUUGUAUUUUGUGCAAUAUUUUACUGUUUUUUCCCGGAGGUACUGUCCAGGGCUCGGAAAAUAUCACAAUUCAAGUCUUCUACUUUGGAGGAAUUGUGGGAUCUGGAGUUCUGAUGAUCUUUCCCGCUCUCGUGUUCCUCGGCCUCAAGAACAACGACUGCUGCGGUUGCUGUGGAAAUGAGAGCUGUGGGCGAAGAUUCGCUAUGCUGAGUUCGAUGCUGUUUGCGGCCGUGGGGGUCCUGGGAGCAGGUUACUCCAUCAUAGUCUCUGCUGUGGCCAUAAACCACGGACCCAAGUGUCAAACCAAUAGUACUAAUGCCACAUGGGAAUAUCCCUUUAAUAAUGGUGACUAUCUGAAGGACAAGGGGAUAUGGACGCAGUGUCAGGCCCCCCCAGGCAUCGUCCACUGGCACCUGUCUCUGUUCUCUGUGCUGCUGGUGAUGGGGCUCAUCCAGGUGGCUCUGUGCGCGGUGCAGGUGGUCAACGGCCUGCUGGGGGCGCUGUGCGGGGACUGCUGCGGCUGCUGUGGAGGGAGCGAUGGAGCCAUGUGAGGCGUCUACACUGAGACCUGUUAUACUGUAUUUAUUCAAAGUUCCUCAGAGGACCAGGGCAUGUUUUGUUCAUAUUUUACUGAAGUGCAAAGAGCGCAUUGAUUCAUGUGUUUACCACGAAACACUGGAAAUGACAGAGCUCUUUACACUCCGUUCUAAUGAAAGUUACAAAAUAAAAUGUUUAC